AGUGUUGGUUUGUUCUAUGGUCUUCAGUGUUAUUUUUUCGGCCCAGCGGGAGCUAAAUCUCAGUGCGGAUUCUCGGGGAUCACACAGUCGCCCUCGCAGUGCAGGUAGCUACACCGCAUGCACCGCUGCUUGUGACGAGUGUGCCGUGGAGUGGUGUGCCACACAAGCGCUCCACCUGAAGGCUGCAGCUCCACGCAGUUCCGUGUGUGUCCGAGCAGGUGGCAGCAGUGGGGAGCCAGGGCAUGGCAGGGUACAGGACCACCACCUACCGGCACGACUACAAGCCACCGUCCAGUCCAACAUUCCUCACCCCCGGGCCGCCGCCCGCCCUCGCGGACACUCCUGGGACCCCUACAGGGACCCCGCUGGAGCGCUGCGCCCAGCUCGCAGCGCGCGAGAGACUGCUGUGCAGCGAGCUGCUGCAACUGCGCUGCGAGAUAUCUGAGCUGUGCAGCAAGCUGGCGACCAGCAGGAUGGACGGGAGCGACGGCAGCUGCCCGAGCCCCGAGCCCCCCAGCCCCCCAGAGUGUUGCAGGAGCGCCGCGCCGCCGCUCCACACGGGAGUGCCCAUGGCGCCGCAGGUGAUGGGUCUCCUCCACGCGCAGCGAGACCCCGCCAGCUUCAGGCAGCUGCCGUGUGGCGCCACCGGCGCGCAGUCGCCGCACCCCGUCUCCUCCACCAGCACUCCAGUCGGCAUCUCGGCAUGGUUCGGGCCGCACGUGUCGCUCUCCGAGUACCAGGACACCAUCUCCAAGACCGGCCGCAAGAUCCUGCUGAGCAGCCAGCAGUUCCUGGAGCCACUGCCUUCCUCCCGCCACCGCGCCCCUGCCUGACACCCCUGGCACUCCUGGUGCCUGGACCAGAUUGAAGAUCCUGCUGACAGUCAGAGUCUGGGGUCAAACCCUGGCACUCCUGGUACCUGGACCAGCUUGAAGAUCCUGCUGACAGUCAGAGUCUGGGGUCAAACCCUGGCACUCCUGGUACCUGGACCAGCUUGAAGAUCCUGCUGACAGUCAGAGUCUGGGGUCAAACCCUGGCACUCCUGGUACCUGGACCAGCUUGAAGAUCCUGCUGACAGUCAGAGUCUGGGGUCAAACCCUGGCACUCCUGGUACCUGGACCAGCUUGAAGAUCCUGCUGACAGUCAGAGUCUGGGGUCAAACCCUGGCACUCCUGGUACCUGGACCAGCUUGAAGAUCCUGCUGACAGUCAGAGUCUGGGGUCAAACCCUGGCACUCCUGGUACCUGGACCAGCUUGAAGAUCCUGCUGACAGUCAGAGUCUGGGGUCAAAUCCUGGCACUCCUGGUACCUGGACCAGCUUGAAGAUCCUGCUGACAGUCAGAGUCUGGGGUCAAACCCUGGCACUCCUGGUACCUGGACCAGCUUGAAGAUCCUGCUGACAGUCAGAGUCUGGGGUCAAACCCUGGCACUCUUGUACCUGGACCAGCUUGAAGAUCCUGCUGACAGAGUCUGGGGUCAAACCCUGGCAUUCUUGGUACCUGGACCAGCUUGAAGAUCCUGCUGACAGUCAGAGUCUGGGGUCAAACCCUGGCACUCCUGGUACCUGUACCAGCUAUAAGAUCCUGCUGACAGUCAGAGUCUGGGGUCAAACCCUGGCACUCCUGGUACCUGGACCAGCUUGAAGAUCCUGCUGACAGUCAGAGUCUGGGGUCAAACCCUGGCACUCCUGGUACCUGGACCAGCUUGAAGAUCCUGCUGACAGUCAGAGUCUGGGGUCAAACCCUGGCACUCCUGGUACCUGGACCAGCUUGAAGAUCCUGCUGACAGUCAGAGUCUGGGGUCAAACCCUGGCACUCCUGGUACCUGGACCAGCUUGAAGAUCCUGCUGACAGUCAGAGUCUGGGGUCAAACCCUGGCACUCCUGGUACCUGGACCAGCUUGAAGAUCCUGCUGACAGUCAGAGUCUGGGGUCAAACCCUGGCACUCCUGGUACCUGGACCAGCUUGAAGAUCCUGCUGACAGUGAGUCUGGGGUCAAACCCUGGCACUCCUGGUACCUGGACCAGCUUGAAGAUCCUGCUGACAGUCAGAGUCUGGGGUCAAACCCUGGCACUCCUGGUACCUGGACCAGCUUGAAGAUCCUGCUGACAGUCAGAGUCUGGGGUCAAACCCUGGCACUUCAUGUACCUGGACCAGCUUGAAGAUCCUGCUGACAGUCAGAGUCUGGGGUCAAACCCUGGCACUCCUGGUACCUGGACCAGCUUGAAGAUCCUGCUGACAGUCAGAGUCUGGGGUCAAACCCUGGCACUCCUGGUACCUUGACCAUCUUGAAGAUCCUGCUGACAGUCAGAGUCUGGGGUCAAACCCUGGCACUCUUGGUACCUGGACCAGCUUGAAGAUCCUGCUGACAUCCACUGCUGCCAGUUAGGUCCCAACACAUACCUCUCAUUAUACACAUACAUUGAAAUAACUUAUUUUUAUCAUACUGCAAAAUAAAAAUAUGUAAAUCUGUUCUUUUGUCAAGCCAACUUUAUGAUUAAACCAGGUUAAAGAAAA